UUUGACUGCGAAAAACUUCAAGUAAUUGUGAAGAGAAUAUUGUUCCACUUCAUUCAUCACUCUUUUCAAGUUGUUAAUGUAUGUUGAUUGGUUAUCAAGAAUAUCAUUCAAAGGAUUAUUCUCCACCUCCCAAACUUUUAAUGAUGCUUUGAGCACUCGCAACUAUCCUUCAUUUUGCUCGAUUUGUUCCAUUUAUCCAUAUUAGUUUUCUCAAGUACAUCUAGGUAUGAUAUAAGCAUGAAUAAAUGUUUAUUGAUUUCCCUUUACUGAAAGGUUACAGCUUCUGCAGCUGCCUUUGCUUUCAAUACCAUUUUGAGGCAGUUUGCUGAUGCAAGUGAAGUGAGCAGUACAAAUGAAAACUGAACUCACAAAUCACACAAAUGAGAAACAGAUCAUAAAUGCAAUAAUUGCUUGUUAAAGUUUGAAUGGCUGACACAAUCCAGAAACUUAAGUUGUGGAAUUAAAAACAUUAUCAGUGUUCAUAUAUAAAUUUGGGAAAUUCCAGGAAAUUAAACAUAUAAACAUUUAUAUUUCAAAAAUGAGUUUGUAGACACAUGAUUUCAUACCGUUCACCAAUGUUCAGGCAGUUGAGAUAAACAAGUUGUAGUCAAAGAUCAUACACUAUGUACAUUACUACAUAGUACAUUGUAUACUCUCAGCUGAUGAUAUUCAUUGACAAUUAGUCCUCUGUGUUUGUAAUAUACAUGUAUAAUUAUGUAGGAGGAGUUCUUCCUGCUUAAAUGUUAAACAGUUUGGGGGAACAGACAUGUCCUCACAUAUAUUCUCAUCUUUAUACAGUAAUUUUCAAUACUGCUGAUUUUCUUUUCUCUUUUUCCAUCAUUUUCUCUUUCAUUUUGUCUUUCUUUUACUAUUCUCUUUCACUCUGUCUUUCUAUCCCCUAUACAGGAAAUAAAAAGCUUCUGAGAUGUCUAUAUUAGAGGGUCCAUCUGUGCCUCACUUUGAUACAGAGCUUUCUCCAGGCUAUGGCUAUGUUGGAACAUGGGAGGAUGCUAAAGCAAUGAAAGAGUUCUUUGAGGUACAGAAAGCACUUCGAUUCCCCGCAUGGAGAACCUCAACAACUUUUGGAAAGACGGAUAUAUUGAAAGGAAAGAGGAAGAAGUUCAAGUGGGCUGAGGCCAUUGAAUAUGUAGCUGGUGGUGCCAUCCCAUACGACGGUGUUCCAUACAUUAUUUUAGACAAGAAUGUCUAUGAGUGCGAGUAUGGUGUUGAUCAUAAGCUAAAGAAAAAGGCUUUGAGAGGAAAUCAGCAUCAUCAAGAGAAUAAUGCAGGAGGUAACAAAAAGAAGAAACCUGUCACUGAGACGGAAAAAGGAAAGAAAAGGAACUGCCCUGCCAAGAUACGCAUGAAAGAAAUUAUGAAGUUCCCUGACUUUCAGAUUGACACAGAUACACGCUAUAAUAGGAACAAAGGAGCUGAUAAUAUAAAUACAGCUAUAGCAAAAGGAGCAGUUAGAGGAGAAAGGAGAAUAUAUAUCUACUUUCCUUCAGACAGUGAACAUAAAGGUCAUGAACUCAGAAGUCAGGUAUGUUCUUCCAAGCAGCAUGUGGAUGAGAGAGUCUUAUGUCUUAUAGAUCAUCUUGUAGAGGAAGGAAUGACCAAUGCUGAUGAGAUCAGUCAACAGAUCAGGCUCAGUAUUCAGGAUGCUGCAGACACAGGGAUAGAUAGCACCCAUGUUCACAGCAGGCUGUCGUGUCCUGAUGAUGCAGACAUCCGGUACCAUGUUGAAGCAGCAAUGGUGAUCCAUACUUACUCCAAGCUUGAGCCAAAGGAUUUAGAGGAUCAUAUAGCUCAACUUCGUUUGAAUCAUGAAGACCACAAUAUCUUCUUCAGGAUGCAGUCUUUUAAGGAUUCUUUACUGCUUGUUCAUCAAACAAGAGAGCAACAACAAAUAAUAGCAAACUACCCCACUGGAAAAUACUUCCUUGAUUCUACAUGUAAAACUACUCAAGGGUCUUUUCCGCUCAUCCUUAUCUCUGUUCAAGCAGAUGAUAUUCCCCAGAUUGUAGGAUCAAUCAUUCUGCAGGAGAAAUCUUUUAGACUGAUGCAAGAAGCCUUGAGGAUAUUGAAGUCAUGGAACCCAACAUGGAAGCCUCUCAGCUUUAACACUGAAUAUGAAGAGGAGGACAUAGAAGGCAUCAAAAAGGCAUUUAAAGGAGUACCUGUUCUUCUUUGUGACUACCAUCGCAUGUAUGCAUGGCAGAAGUGGAUUACAGAGGCAAGUAAUUUAGACAUCAGUAGCAAGAGCGCCCUCAUGUCUUUAUUUGAAGCUAUGUCAAAUGCCAGCACAAAAGAUAUACACAACAAGCUCUUAGACAAACUUCAAGGUAGCACUUACUGGAAAGAAGACGAGGGACUACGCAAAUGGUUUGGGAGUCGAUGGCUACCACAUUCCUCUAUGUGGGCCCAAGCACUCUUCCCUGAAUCAUCUUCUCAACCAUCAGAUAAUACUCCCAGUGAUGAUAAUGAUGAUGAUGAUAAUGAUGAUGAUGACCAUAAUGAUGCAGAAACCUUAAGAGAACGUUGUCUUCAGUCAUUGCAGAGACUCACGAACAUUGCCCAACAAGAAACAAUAAGCCAGCAUGACCUUGCACACCUUGCGGCUUGCUUGGAAACUACAGAGGAGAAGUAUGCCAAUCUCCUUGAAGAGAACAGCCAGGAGAUAGCCAAGCAAGUGGAGGAGACACAGGAGCAGCAAUCACAUGUGAUUGUGGAGGGACAGGAGUCAAAGGAGGAUCAACAGGUGAUGGAGGACUUUGAAGAAGGGAGUGUAAAGAGGAUGAGAGUGGAUGGAGAUUGUGUGAAGAUGAGCAACAUUGAGGUUGGUCCAGAGCCGAUCUUCUUGCAUAUGUUUGUUGAUGCAGCAGAGAUUGAGGUCCCUCAAGAAAUGGUUGUAAGUGAAGUACAUCCGGGUAUCACUGAAACAACUGAAGGCCAAUCUUGACAGGACUGUACCUUAUACAUUAAUUUUUUUAAUGCUCUUUUGAACAAUUUGAUGAACAUGUCAUGAUUUACAACUCAGGGCAGAGGAUCUUUCAGUUAUUUCCGACAAAAAAAUGAAUGAUUUGUUUAAAUAAUGCAUCAAGUUUGUUGUCAACAUUAUCAAAUUAAGCAGCUGUUACAUUUUGGAAUAUUUCAAGCAACCAUCAUGCCUCCCCUUCUUUAAACCUAUUUUUGUCUCACCUGCAUAGCAGAGUGAGACUAUAGGCGCCGCUUUUCCGACGGCGACGGCGACGGCGGCGUCAACACCAAAUCUUAACCUGAGGUUAAGUUUUUGAAAUGACAGCAUAACUUAGAAAGUAUAUGGACCUAGUUCAUGAAACUUGGCCAUAAGGUUAAUCAAGUAUUACUGAACAUCCUGCCUGAGUUUCAUGUCACAUGACCAAGGUCAAAGGUCAUUUAGGGUCAAUGAACUUAGACCAUGUUGGGGGAAUCAACAUCAAAAUCUUAACCUAAGGUUAAGUUUUUGAAAUGUCAUCAUAACUUAGAAAAUAUAUGGACCUAGUUCAUGAAACUUAUACAUAAGGUUAAUCAAGUAUCACUGAACAUCCUGCAUGAGUUUCACGUCACAUGACCAAGGUCAAAGGUCAUUUAGGGUCAAUGAACUUUGGCCGAAUUGGGGGUAUCUGUUGAAUUACCAUCAUAACUUUGAAAGUUUAUGGAUCUGAUUCAUGAAACUUGGACAUAAUAGUUAUCAAGUAUUACUGAACAUCCUGUGCAAGUUUCAGGUCACAUGAUCAAGGUCAAAGGUCAUUUAGGGUCAAUGAACUUUGGCCAAAUUGGGGUAUUUGUUGAAUAAAAUUUGAAAGUGUGUUGGUCUAGUUCAUAAAACUUGGACAUAAUAGUAAUCAAGUAUCACUGAACAUCCUGUGCGAGUUUCAGGUCACAUGAUCAAGGUCAAAGGUCAUGUAAGGUCAAAGAACUUUGGCCACGUUGGGGGUAUUUGUUGAAUUGCCAUCAUAUCUCUAUAAGUGUAUUGGUCUAGUUCAUAAAACGUGGAAAUAAGAGUAACCAAGUAUCACUGAACAUCUUGUGCGAGUUAUAGUAGUUUUCAAAAUCAGCACUGCUGCUAUAUUGAAUCGCGUGAUGCAGGUGAGACGGCCAGAGGCAUUCCACUUGUUACAGGGCUAUUUCCGACCAGGUUUUUAUUGGGGGAUCAGUUUUUCCCCCCUUCUUUCAGAUAUCUUUCAAUUGCAGUAUCGCUGCGAAAACUUACACGCACGUGGAGCUGGAUGUAAUGUAUUUUUGAAAAUUUUAAAAUUUGCUAAAACAUAAUUAAUUUCUUUUGUAUUUUAUUGUUUCACAAAUUUCUUUUGCAUUAAUUUCUUUUUCAAACUUCUGUUUUUCAUUGUUAUUUUUAAUGAAUUUUGUCAGGGUCUCUUUUCCAAUCAUAAAAAGUAUAAAAUAAAUCCAUUUAUAGUUAAUUAACUAAGUGUUUGUUUGUAUGAAUAAAACAUAUGUGCCAAAUGGCUCUGGAAAAAAAGUGUGUAAUUGCUGAGAAAUGAGCCAAAUAAUCACAGAAUUCCAUAAAAUGUCAGUAUUUUUUCCAUACGAUAUUAAUUUACUGUCUCAUAUAUGCCUUUAUGUGUUAGUGAUCAUCAGAAUUAUUGACUCUCAGCUAAGGUUUCAUGAUUUCACAAAGAUGAGUUUAUUUAAGAGUCAUCAAGCAACGAGAUAAAAAAAGUGUGCAGUGACAAAGUCACAAAAUUUGUUGAGGGGGGUCAAUUUGACCCCUCCCUGUUAUUAUUAGACUAUUAUAUAAUAGGAGGAAACAUGACAUUGCACAAUGAUUCAGCUGGCCUCCAAAUAUCCAAAGAAGUGAUGUAAAUGUUUUAACUUCCUUUUCUUGAUGGAAAGUACCAACAUUCUGUAAAUUCAAAAAUAACAUCUCACAGAGUCAUUUUACUUGAUAAAACUUGAUUGAAAUUGCAAAUAAUCACCAUUGUUUUUCCCUUUACAAUUGAAGAGCAAGUUUUGAUUCUAUAGUGAAUUUCUAAGGCUAGUAUAGCUUCCUGUUGUCCUUCCCUUUCCAAAUAUUGGGAGUGUUUUAUCCACAAGUUAGACAUGGUAGAUACAU